AUGCGCAUCGUCCUGCUGGCGACAGCGGCGAUGGCCGUGCGCCACGUGCCCGUCGUCGACUUUGAACUGACGCAGCGCCUCGCGACCAAGACGCCGUACUACUCGCAGGCCGAGCCGUUCGAGAUCGAAGCGCCCGCUGGCUGCGCGCCUAUCCACGUCAACAUGGUCGUGCGCCAUGGCACGCGGUACCCCACGGCCAAGGUCAUCACGAAGAUCGCAUCGAUCGCGGCCAAGCUCCAGUCGCUGGCAUCGCCCGUGCCAGAGUGGCUCCAUACGUAUGACGUCGAGCACGAGUUCCCGUUGGCGCGCGAAGCCGAGCUCGCGCCGGCCGGCGUCGACGAGCUCGUCGGUCUCGGCGAUCGCGUGCGGCAAAAGUUUGGUCUGGGAUUCCAAGCCCGCUACGACGAGACGGCCUACUUGUUUGAGCACACGUGGAAGACACGGACCGCGCAGAGUGCCCAGGCGUUUGCGCAUGGCUUCUUCCGGGGCGAUGAAGCCGCCGUCGCGUACCAAGUGGCCCCCAAAGGCCGUGACGUCGAGCUUCGCUUUUUCGACAACUGCCCGCAGUUUACGGCUGCUGUCGACAACAACAGCACUGCGUGGUCCGAGUACGCGUCGUUCCCGGCAUCGCCGUCGAUGCAAGCCAACGUCGACGAGUUCCGCUCGGCGCUGCAGCUUCCGUCGCUGACGGCGAGCGAUCUCGAUGCCGCCUACGAAGCUUGCGCGUUUGACGUUGCCGUGCACCACCGCCACGAUCGGUGGUGCAGCCUCUUUGGCGUCGAUCUCUUGGAGUCCAUGGAGUACUACAAGGACUUGAAGUCGUACUACAAGAAGAGCUACGGCAACCCCCUCGCGCACGAGAUUGCUGCACCGCUCUUGUCGAGCAUGCUCUCGGGCUUGGCCGACGUGCGCGACAGGAAAGGCCAGCGCCAGGGCCACUUUCGAUUUGCGCACGCCGAGACGAUCUUGCCGCUAAGCAGUCUCUUGGGCUACAAGAAGGGCGAUCGGCCGCUCCAAGCGGCGGCGUUGCAGCCCCAGCGCCACUUCAAGAGCGCAGUGGUGUCGCCGUUCGGUGCCAACAUUGCUUUCGUCCUCUACGCGUGCGAGAACGAGGCCGACCACGUCGUCCAGCUCCAAAUCAACGAAAAGCAGCUCCCGAUACCGGGCCUCGACUGCAUCUUUUGCCCGCUCGCACAGCUUGAGGAGCAUUUCGCCCGGUACACCACCAUGGACUUUGACCACAUGUGCCAGUUGCGCGCCCACUAA